GCCUCUCCCCUUCGUUUUCCUCCGACCUCUCGCCUAACAGAGAGGGGUCGAUCCCGUGCUCGGGUUGGCUCCACGGAUUUCCGGCCUGUUGGAGCUUGUCGGGUGAUUCCGAACCGGAGGUGGGGUGCUUUUUGAUGGUGUUCUUCGAUGGAGGAGGCAGGGAGAGAGAAGGACAGGACGGUGGCGGUGGUGGUGGAGGAUACCAGCGCGGCCACUAAGGAUGCAGCCGCUGCUGUAAGCACAAAGCCCGCUAAGAGAUAUCCGCUCGCAUUAUGGAUAGCCAUAUUGGGCCUGAUCAUGCUUGUGGGCGUGUACAUAUUCUCCUUGUCCCUGAAGCAAAACGGGAUGCUGUUCGGUCUCAUGCAGGCGAACAUGAUAGAAAAGGAAAGGGAGAAGCCUUGUCAUGAUCCCAGGAUUCCAGACGCAGAAAUCCCCUACGUGCACUACCCAACGCCAAAUACUUAUGAUAGGGAAGAAUGUGCGUGCACGGGGGUUAGGUUUUUUGCUAUCUUGUCAAUGCAGAGGUCGGGGAGCGGAUGGGUCGAGACGUUGUUGAAUAGCCAUCCGAAUAUUAGCUCCAAUGGAGAAAUAUUCUCUGUCAAAGAAAGACGCAGUAACGUCACUGCAAUAACGAAAACGCUCGAUAAAUUAUACAAUCUGGAUUGGUACAGCAGUGCUGCUAAGAAUGAGUGCACGGCUGCUGUGGGGUUGAAGUGGAUGCUCAAUCAGGGUUUAAUGAAGCACCAUCAAGAGAUGGUCAAAUACUUCAACCGAAGGGGUGUGUCUGCAAUUUUUCUAUUAAGAAAAAAUCUUCUCCAGCGCUAUGUCUCUAUAUUAGCAAAUGCCCAUGAUAGUGCCAUGAAACAACUAAAUGGAACUCAUAAAGCUCAUGUGCACUCCAAAGAUGAGGCUGAAAUUCUUGCACAGUAUAAACCAACAAUUGACAGAAAAAUGUUGAUUACUGAACUAAAGCGGUCUGAUAAAUUGGCAUCUGAUGCCUUGGUGAAUUUCAAGAACACCAGACAUAUUGUUCUGUACUAUGAGGAUGUUGUCAGAAAUCGCACUAAGCUCAUGGAUGUCCUGGAUUUUCUGAGAAUGCCCGAGAGAAAGCUGUCCAGUCGGCAUGUGAAAAUCCAUACUAAACAAUUGUGUGAUCAUAUUGAUAACUGGGCAGAUGUUAGUAACGCUUUAAUGGGGACACGGUUCGAGAGCUUUCUGAAUGGCUCAAGCAGAUGACGUAGCUAGUUGGUGUAAAUUCUGUAGUGAGUCUUCCUUUUGACCCCUUGUUCUCCUCUUCUAUAGCUAAGAGAGUUAGGCAAUUUUGGAUACCAGGAGCUACUCCAAAGGGAUUCUUCAUUUCUCAUCUACUUUGUAGCAUGUAUAGAAUUUAAUUGAUCAAGUUAAUAGCAGCCAAUCCAUUAAGCAAUGUGGUCCCUUGUCUAGAGUCCAUACAAACUGAUUGCUUAUUAUUUCUUGUUUUGACAUUGCUUGAUGUUUUUUGUUUACUGCAAAGUUUGGAUCGGUUUGAGAAACAGUUAUGAGGCAAAAGUAGAACAAUUAGAUACUUGAUCCAAGUUAGUCUGUUUAGUCUGAUAAGUAUGAAAUUAUGAAAUUCAGAACUGCAGAAUAAAGAUUAGAAACCGAUUGGAAUUGUCACAUGUGUAAUGAACUUCUAUAAUUUGCUGGGUUCUUUCCUUAAUAUGCCAAAGCUUGUACUUGAAACCAGGCACGUUGCAGCUGUGCAGUAAAAGUGAUUGUUGUACUUGGCAUCAUGGAGUUUUGGCCGCUGCAGCUGAGCACACAAUACGUGGCUUAGUUAAGAUAGGAACAACCACUUCACCUUUCUUUGUGUUACCCACACUUUGUUUCCUCACAAAGACCAUGCCUUCAUGCUGUUCACUCCAACUUCUCCAUGCCUCGCCAAUCUCUCCCAUUCAAAUCCAAUUUUGCAGCCAUGGUGUGCUGUGACCGCAACCUCCAUUAAGCUCCUCCUCUAGCCACUUUGUCUACUCAUAUUUGUCUUUGAGCUGCUGUGGCUGAACAUGUGCAACGACGCCACAGCCGCCUCCGUCACCUCCUCCCUCCUCGUCGGCCUUGUGGCGUCACAGAAUGGUUAGCGCUCCUCCCAGUUCUUGCGACCACCGUGUUUCUUGGUUCUUGCUGUGUGGAAUAUUGGGUCUUGCCAGCUUCUUGAAGGAAGAUUUUGCUUCUCGCCUGCUUCUUUGCUGGGUUUCCUGAUAUUCUCUUGAUUCAGCAAGGUGGUGGCAAAUUUCAGGAUCCUGUUCCUGCAUCUGCUCUGAUUCAGUGAUGGUAAUCAUUUAUUUGUUUUCUUGUUGUCAAAUGGUGUCCUUGGCUCUUGAUUUCUUGUUUUCUCCUUAUUUGUUUCUCCUCGGUUAGGGAAAAUGGACUUAAUGAGCAGUUGUUAAGUGUAGCUUUUAAACUUAUUUCUUAUAUGCAAACAGUCAGGUAUACUCCCAAGAAAUAAGCUGUUGCAUAGCUAUAUGCUGUGCCAGACUAGGAACAGGAAAUUAGGGAAAAGCUUCAGGAUUUCAGGUUAAUGAGAGAUUCGAUUGUGAAUUCAGCUGCUGUUGAUGAAACAACAAGGAAAUACUUCAGAUUAUUAUCAAUUUCGUAUCAUUUUGUUAUUCUGCAGAUAGUGACAUACUGACAUCACCAUCAGUAUUCUGGAGAGCUGUUGAUGCCUGAUGGCUGACUCAACUCAACCAGGUUCCACUUUUAAACCUUUGUUAUAAUUUCAUCGACCACAUGUACCCACUUGAAAUAUGCUCCUUCAUAUUCUUGUACCUCUGAAUCUUGGAACUGUAGCAUUGGAUCCGGACGAGCAGAAAUAAGCCAAUACUGAUAGUCGGUGUCACAGGUUGCCGAUCUCAAA